UCUAUGGCCUAAUACAUUAAUUAAUAACAAUAAAUAUUAAUUUGUUGUAGACGUUGUUGUCAUAUUUUGUUUAUCCAUUUGGUAGUAUAUGCUUUAUAUAUUUAAAUCUCGUGUGUGCUAAGUAUUGUUGAGUUUAAAUUAAAGUUUAUAUAAUAUAUUAAUGCAAUCAUAAAAAUUUAUUCUUAAUUGACAUGAAAUGUUUAUAUAUUGUAUUUUUAACGUAUUGUGAACGCCUAUUCUAACUUAACUCAUUAUGUCUGAAAAUUCAGAAGAUCAAAACCCAAGAGAUGCUGGUAACAUGUGUUUGGAACUGGCUUUAGAAGGCGAAAGACUGUGUAAAGCAGGAGAUUGUCGUUCAGGUGUAGCAUUCUUUCAAGCAGCUGUUCAAGCAGGAACUAAUGACUUGCGUACUCUUAGCGCCAUAUACAGUCAAUUAGGCAAUGCUUAUUUUUAUUUGGCAGAUUAUCCAAAAGCAUUGCAUUUUCAUAAGCUCGAUUUGGCGUUAGCGAGAACACUAGGAGAUAAGCCCGGUGAAGCCAAAUCUAGUGGAAAUUUAGGAAAUACUUUGAAAGUAAUGGGCAAUUUUGACGAAGCUAUGAUUUGUUGCAAACGUCAUUUAGAAAUUGCUAGAGAAUUGGGUGAUAAAUUGAGUGAAGGACGAGCCUUAUACAAUUUGGGAAAUGUUUAUCAUGCUAAGGGUAAACAUAUUGGAAGAGUUGGUCAGCAAGAUCCAGGAGAGUUUCCUGAAGAAGUAAAAGUUUGCAUUGAACAAGCUGUUAAAUAUUAUGAAGAAAAUUUAAAAUUGAUGAAAGAACUUAAUGAUCGGGCAGCUGUUGGUCGAGCAUGUGGUAAUUUAGGAAAUACCUAUUAUCUCUUAGGUAACUUUAAAGAAGCUAUUCAAUAUCAUGAAGAGAGAUUGAAAAUUGCUCGAGAAUUUGGUGAUAAAUCAGCUGAGAGAAGAGCUAAUAGUAAUUUAGGAAAUUCUCAUGUUUUUCUUGGUGAAUUUGAAGAAGCAGCUGAUCAUUAUAAGAGAACAUUGAUCCUUGCUCAAGAAUUGGAAGAUCGAGCAGUUGAAGCACAAGCAUGUUAUAGUUUGGGAAAUACUUAUACGUUGCUAAGAGAUUAUAAUACAGCAGUUGAUUAUCAUUUAAGACAUUUAGAUAUAGCCCAAAAAUUACAGGAUAGGAUUGGUGAAGGAAGAGCUUGUUGGAGUUUAGGAAAUGUAAAUUUGGCAUUAGGAAAUCAUGAAAAAGCAUUGUAUUUUGCUUCCAAACACUUGGAAAUAUCUAAAGAAAUUGGCGAUACAGUUGGUCAGGCAACUGCACAGAUAAAUAUAGUUGACAUUAAAAAAUCAUUGGGUAUGUCAAAUGGACAACUUUCACCAGAUAGUAAAGAAUUGUUGGAUACUAUCUCUAAUACACAGCCUUCACCUCAACUACGACGUUAUCGGGUGAGGCGUCAAAGCAUGGAACAGCUUGAUUUACUUAAGUUGACUCCAGACAACAAAGGUAAAGUACCCAGCUCUAAUGACAAGGUUUAUCAAUCUACUUCAUCAGUUUCCAAAAAGUCUGAAAAAACCGAAGAUGAUCCAUUCUUUGAUUUAUUGUCACGUUUUCAAGCUGGGCGUAUGGAUGAUCAACGUUGCACUCUUGGUUCCUCAAGAAAUUUAGAAGAUAAAGAAAAUCAAAAUGCGAACAAAUUAAUAUCCCAAAUUGGUGGACAUGUUGAAAGUCAAGAUGACUUGUUAGACAUGAUAGCAGGUAUGCAGAGUAAGCGUAUGGAUGAACAAAGAGUAGAAUUGGAACAACUUCCUGGCAUUGCAAAACCAGAUAGUGAACCUGAUGAUAAUUUCUUAGAACUUUUGAUGCGAUGUCAAGGCGAAAGAUUAGAAGAUCAACGCAGUGAGCUCCCUGUCUCCAAUAUUAGCAGUGAUGGAGAGUCACAACGUACACCAAACCGAGGACCAACUGUUCCAGACGAAGACUUUUUUACAUUAAUUAUGCGCCUUCAAUCAGGUCGUAUGGAAGACCAACGAGCAAGUGUACCAAUACCAAAACGAAAUUAAUGUAUACCUAGUUAUUAAGUAUUAACAAUCAGGUUAUGUAUGUAAAUUAUAAAAAUAUUUUUGUGUCUUCAUUUUGGAUUUUUAUUUUUUAAUUUAAGAACAUUAUGAUUAUAUAAUUAUAUUUGUCUGUUAAUGGUAUUACUAUAUACCUUAAUAUAAUGAAAUGUCUAUCAUAUGUUUCUAGUAUUAAAAUUAUCUUUUUUAAUGACUAUCUAUCAUAUUUAUACGAGUAAUUAAUUUUAAAGAUGAGCUACUAUUAUUUGUUGUAUUAUUAUUUAAAUAAUAUAGUUUUAUCAUACUUAGAUUACGCUUUUAAUAUGAGCAUUUUUCAUAU